UUUGAGCAACAUGGCAAGGAGGCAACAGCCACACCACUGCUCCCCCCAUGCACGGGAUGGAGUUGGGAUGCAGGAGCCUUCAGCCACUGCCCUGUCCCCAGGCACCCUGGCAGCCCACGACGUCUCCUGCUGGAAGAAAUGCAACACCCACAAGCCUUUCCAGUGCUCCUGGCCGCCCCUCGGCCCCGCCGGCAACACCUCCUACACCCUGAACUUCUGCUUUGAGAAGCGCAGGCUGUGCCGCUGGUUUGAGGCGGGCACGGUGACCAACUACAGCCCCUCGCAUCGCCAAGUGUACAUCUUUGAUAACACCACGGCCUGGGUGGAGGCACGCUGGGGGGACCAGGUCCGCAGGACCCCCAACCACACCCUUCACCUCAACGAGGCUGUCAAACUGGAUCCACCUCCUACUGGGAUGCCCUUCUCCAAGACCGGAGGGCAGCUGAGGGUGCGGGUGCCACGGCCACAGUGCCACGGCCUGGAGCAGCCACCACAGCAUGAGGCUCGCUUCUGGAGGGUGGGAGCCAGCAGCUGGACACAGGUGACAUGUGAGACAGUGAUGGUGACAGCUGAAGAAGACUCAGUGACCUGUGCCCUGGGGGUCAAUGGCACCUUCGUGGUCCAGCUCCGGCACAAGCCUCCCCACUGGAGCAGCUACUGGAGCGACUGGAGCAGCAACAUCUCUGUUCCCGAGGAAAUCCUGAGGAGGCCGGUGCUGAACCAUCAGCUGGGCAAACUGGGGAGAGACGGGCAGCGGGUGCUGAGGCUGAGCUGGCAGCCAGUCCUCAAGGAGCAAAGGGAUGUCACCUACAAGCUGGACGUCAACAUGUUGGCGUGUGGCUGUGCAGAGUCAGAUGAGGAGGACACGGUGGUGCUGGGCGGGGAGGUGACAGAGCACAACCUCACCCUCUCCGGGGCUGAAUACGAAAUCCUGCUGACCGCCGUCAAUGCCGCGGGGCCGGGGCCAGCCCAGCAGCUCCGUGUGCCGGCAGAGCAGCGCGCAGAUCUCAGCUUCAAGGAGAUCAGCGUGGCCGGCAGCACCGUGACUGCGCAGUGGGAAGCGCCGGUGCCCGGCGAUGCCUUCUGCUUCGAGCAGCAGACUCUGCCAGAGCCUCCGAAACAGGGAGUCUGCAUCCAGCAGGAAUUCCCUGCCAACAGCAUCCACGUGCAGAGAGGAGAGCUGGGAGCGCCGGGCUGUCACCGCCUCGCCGUGCACGGCUGGGACGCGGAGCGGGGCUGGGCCACCUUCGCCCUGUGGCACCGCUACGCCAGCAACGAUUCGCUGGACGUGCCCUUCACCAUCAGCACCGGGGAUGCCGCGGUUGUCCUCCGGUGGGAGCCGUCCCCACGUGCCGCCUGCCCCGGCGCGCUGGCCAAGUACCUCAUCUGCCACGUGGCCGAGGGGGACAACGUGACCUACAGUGAAGUGGAUGCCACGGCAUCAAACUACACCCUCCAAAACCUCCAGCCUGGCACAGGCUACAGGGUGGGUGUUUGGGAGGUGACAGAGGACAGCGAGAGGACCUGUAGUGCUUGGUGGCCCUUCCAGACCAAGGCGCUGGGUCCCCAGGGAGCGCCGUGGAGAGGCAACCUGAAGUACCUGGGCAUCUCGCUUGGUCUCCCCGCUGCAGCUGCCAUCUACCACCUGAGCAAAAGGAGGGCUCGCCGCCUCCUCUUCCCACCCCUUCCCAAGCCCGUGGGCACCAAAGCCAUCCAGUUCUCGGCCGGCGAGAUGAGCCAGGGCCAGCCCCGGCCAGGCCUCCUGGAGCCCUCGGAGAGGUUCAGCCCAGCCGAGCUGCUGCUGACGGAGCCGAAUCCCAGCGAGGAGACGACUGACACGGGCACCCAGGCUGCGGGGCCACACCCCGACGUGUCGCAGCCCGGCCCCGCGCUGGAAAAGCCGGCGGCAGUGGUGAUGUCCCCGGCGGGCUGCGGGGAGGAGCUGCCCUUCGCCUACCGCAGGCAGGAGAUGCUGAGCCCGGUGGGAUCCCCACCCUCUGGCAGCACCGGCUGCACCGGACACCCACCCGGAGAGGAGGAGGAGGAGGAGGCGGAGGAGGAAGGAAGGCAGGGACUGCAUCAGCCGCUGAUCCCCAUUGCCCUGCUCAUCUCCGACAAACCCAUCAUCAUCAGGGCGGAGGAAGGAUGGGAUCCCUCGCCGGAGAAGCCGGUGCCGCAGCCAUCAGCAGGCUGGAGCGGCGGGGAUGGACACGGGGGUGUCCCCUGGAAUGCGGAGGGUCUGUGUGGGACGCUGAGUGCCCAGUCCCUGGGUGGCACCGCCACUUUCAGGGCGGUUUCUGGUUUCCAGGGCACGGAAGGCGAUGCCUCUGGGUGUAGCAUUGCACCGGGACAGGUUUUGGCUACGUAGUUUCCAGUCUCAACCUUUCACCGGUGAUAAAACCCGAGCGAAGGCGGCUGCAGAGUCUGGCCAGGACAGAGGGUAUUUCCAUGCCUGGACUGGGAGGAGAGGCAGAACUUCAUCCCAGCCAGCUGCUACCUCUGGAACCAGUAUC